GGCUCACACCCCGUGCAAUCUCACAUUUCACAUCAUCCCAUCGUCCGAGAAGCUGUUUGGCCCAUGGUGCACAAAGUAUGCGCUCCGCCCGUCGCCGUACAAAGUAUCAAAGCCACACACGAUCUGGCACCACACAGCCCGCAUUCCUGUGACACGCCGCGGCAGUUCCCAAGUGGACCUGUUAGCGGCGUAGUGGCACGUGCGGCUUACAGGCUACGGCUGCAAUCCUAGCAUGAUCAUAGGCUUCGCGUCGACAGUCCAUUGUCACACCGCUCCCCGUCUAUUGUCUAAUGCGAUGGGCUAUCCGCCGAUAGCCCGAGCGCAUCAUCAUGAUGAUCAUACACACAAAUGGCGACUCCGAGGCACGCAUCGGAGAGAACUCGUCUCUUCUCUCUUCCCUCUUCUCACGGGCCGGGGGAAUAUAUACUACAUCGUAUCCAAAGCACUACCAGUGGUUGCAGCCAUCCUCGUCGUCCAUCCAAAAUUUAGUGAUAUCCCCCAAGGCAUUGGAUCGCUCGCAGAAUCAGUGCUCUCACGCCUGCAUCGCCGCUUCUGAGAAGCUGAGGCACGGCUUUCCGUCGCCUAGUACUAGUACUAGUAGCCCAGACGUUCUACCUACUAGGUAGCUGCCGGCCUGGAAAGCUCCAAGUUGCAAAGUGUGGGGCAUAUUGACAACCUGCACCCAUAGUAGUUUCGCAAGCUUCUACAGUGAGUUCCCUGGCUCUCGACCCCGCCGGUCUCGAUCUCAUCCUUUCUCAAUCUCCCUCCUUUUCGGACUGGGGCAUUGUAUCGGGGCUUCCCAUUGAGACAUUUCUCUUUCGGCUGCUUCAGAAUCGCCUACAUCGUCGUCGUGGGUUGAGUGCGACUCCGAGUUGCUCCGCAACUCCAGUGCUCGCAGCCCGUUCGCAUUAUAUUUCCGGCCAGUCCCCAUGCUUCGAGCUCAACUGACCGCCGCCGCAACCGCAGAAGUCCGUGAAGCGGGAGCGCCGCGGAGCAGCGCCGAGUACCACAGUGAGGAGACCACAGCCACACUCGCCGCCACGGCUGUUUCUGCCACGGCGACCUGUUUCUGCUCGCACCGCUGCGGGCGUCGUGCGACGGUGCUGCCUCGCGCUGUGGAGCAGCAGCACGCCCGGGAGCAGCUCCACUUGAAGGCGCUUCAGCUCGACGACAGGCGCGAGGGGCAAAGGCGAGUGGCACAGCAGCAGCAGCAGCAGCAGCAGCAGCACGAAAUGCUUCAUCUCGCUCAAACCCACAUUGGCUCCACGGGCGUCUCUGCAACCAAAUUCACCAAGAUAACGGCUUCCCGCUCGACCCGAUUCGCCUGCCGCUGCUCCCGAUGCUCGCACAAGUUCGGCGCCACGGGGCGGCUGCUGUGCGAGUCGGCGUGGCGGGAUCACUGGCGGGUGCGCAUAGCAGAAAUCACGCGCAUGUGGGAUGAGCAGAGAGCCCCUGGGGUCACCGCACCCGCAGUGUCUGAUCGCGAGUCUGGAGUGGCAGGUGGGCCUAUAGACGCGCAUGAGGAGGAGGAUACGGGCAGCAGCGGCGGGCGGAGCUGCUGCGACGCUGCUCGUGCGAGAGGUGGCGACAGGAUGACGAGGGGUAACGGUAACGGUGGUAGGAAUACUGGCAGUCACGAGCGUUUGAAGAGCAGGGCGCUGCUGCUAAGGGCGCUGAUCAAUCAGCUGGCUGGUAGACUCAUGCCUGCGAUGGCGGCUCUCCGACAGCGCGGAGGAGCGAUGGGUGGAAAGAGGAGAUUGGAGGUGAACACUGAGGCGGGUGUGGUGGACUGGGGGGAGGUGGAGUCCCCGCCACUCAAGCGAGUAAAAUUUGAGCUGCAGGAGUCACCAGGGGGGAGCAGGCCUGACACCGGGGCAGUAGGACCACCGGUGAGAACCUCGGCACUGAUUGAUUGAAGCUGCGUGCGGUAGGGGUGGGACGCGUCCCUUGUGUGAGAGCAGCUGCUGCAGUGGGGUCCUCUCCUAUACUGUGCAUCAAGUCUGGAGCCAGGCGGGCAGCAGCACAAGCCAUAGAAAAAUCGCUCCAAGAUCUAAUCGCCUAAUCUUGCUGAGACGAUUUCCAUUAUAACUCCAACCCGAAAUUAGUUUUAACUAGGAGAAGUGGUAUCAUGGGAAAGAGGAGGUGCCAAGGAUAUUAAUCUAACACUGUUAGGAGAAGUGGUAUCAUGGGAAAGAGGAGGUGCCAAGGAUAUUAAUCUAACACUGUUAUCCCUACUGUGUCCUCCCAAAUAUGAGAACCUUAGUUGGGUUGGAGAUUGU